AAAUCAUCUAUUUUUAUUAUUAAAAAAAUGUAAACGGUGGACCGGUCAACCCGAAUCCUCUCUCUCAUCUUUCUCUCUCUAAGAACGCGGAUUGCAGGAUUCAUCUUCUCAGCUCGAAGCUGGGUUUCGUUGCGAAGUUCGGAAGAUCAAAAUGAUUACAAUUCCAUAUUUAACUGCUUUAAGCACGUAUUUCAGCUACGGGUUGCUCUUUGCGUUUGGCCAAUUCCGCGAUUUCUUCAGGAAAAUCUUCGAUUGGUGGCGUUCCAGCAAUCUUGAGGGUUACGCGCCGAUCUGCUUAGGUCUUGAGGAUUUCUACAUUCGUCGUUUGUAUCAUCGUAUUCAGGACUGUUUUGAAAGGCCAAUAGCAAGUGCUCCUGAUGCUUGGUUUGAUGUGGUUGAGCGUUACUCCAAUGAUAAUAACAAGACGCUAAAACGAACAACAAAGACAAAUAGAUGCCUUAAUCUGGGAUCAUACAAUUACCUUGGCUUUGCUGCAUCAGAUGAAUACUGCACACCACGUGCAAUUGAAUCAUUGAAGAAGUUUUCUCCUAGUACCUGUAGUGCUCGCGCUGAUGGAGGUACUACAGCAUUGCAUGCUGAACUAGAGGACUCUGUUGCAAAAUUUAUUGGAAAGCCAGCCGCUAUAGUCAUUGGCAUGGGCUAUGUGACAAACUCUGCCAUCCUUCCAGUCCUGAUUGGGAAGGGAGGGUUGAUCAUUAGUGAUUCUUUGAACCACAAUUCAAUUGUCAAUGGUGCUCGAGGAUCAGGAGCUGCUAUUAGAGCUUUUCAACACAAUACGCCAUCGCACUUGGAGAAGGUUCUGAGAGAACACAUUGCUGAUGGACAACCCAGGACUCAUAGACCUUGGAAGAAGAUAAUUGUUAUUGUUGAAGGAAUAUACAGCAUGGAAGGGGAACUCUGCAAGCUUCCAGAGAUUCUAGCAAUAUGCAAGAAAUAUAAGGCAUACAUUUACUUGGAUGAAGCUCACAGCAUUGGGGCAGUUGGAAAAACUGGAAGAGGCGUAUGUGAGCUCUUGGGGGUAGAUCCAGCUGAUGUGGAUAUUAUGAUGGGAACUUUCACAAAAUCAUUUGGAUCAUGUGGUGGUUAUAUUGCUGGAUCCAAGGAGCUUAUUCAAUAUUUGAAACACACUUGCCCUGCUCAUCUAUAUGCGACAUCGAUAUCGCCACCAGCAGCCCAACAAAUUAUAUCUUCUAUCAAGGUUGUUCUUGGAGAGGAUGGAUCGAGUCGAGGGGCUCAGAAACUUGCACGGAUACGUGAGAACAGCAAUUUUUUCCGGUCAGAACUGCAGAAGAUGGGUUUUGAGGUUCUUGGGGAUAAUGAUUCUCCUGUAAUGCCAAUAAUGCUUUACAAUCCAGCCAAAAUUCCUGCCUUUUCUCGGGAGUGCCUUAAGCAGAAUGUGGCUGUUGUAACAGUUGGUUUUCCAGCUACCCCACUACUCUUGGCCAGGGCUCGUAUUUGCAUAUCUGCUUCUCAUACCAAGGAAGACCUGCUCCGAGCCUUGGAGGUAAUUAGCCGAGUUGGGGACCUGGUGGGCAUCAAAUAUUUUCCUGCUGAGCCUAAGAAGCACCAGGAGGAAGGUGCGAUGAAGUUGGACUGAGCAUGGUGUUGACCUCACGCCUCCUUGUCUCCAAAAGUAUGUCUAGGUUUAAUUUAAUUGCUGGUGGGUGUCAAUCUCAUCUAUUUUGUUUGCCAUGUUCACCCUGAAAAUCAGGAAAUUUUGUAGGUAUCUGUUUAUUCAUACCCUUUUGGGGGAGCCUUUCUUUGUUUUUUGGUGUGUUAUGGCAUGACAUUUUUGCAUACUUUAUGUACAGCUUCUAUAAUUCUUUUGUGUGUAAUGAUCAAAUUGUUUAGCUUAUCUUUGAAA